AUGUUAGAGGUUGUUAAUUGUUUUGCAGCUUUUAAGCAGAUGGAUUUACAGAAACGGUUUGUGAAGGAGAUACAGAAAGCGAAUGAAGCUCGUAUUCAAGAAAUAUUCAGAAAGAACUACAGAAAUAUCGCUGGUUUUGUUAUACUGUCGUCAGUAGUGUUAGCGAUCUAUUUUUACACAUUGUAUGCAGUAAAACAAGAAACAAUGCUGGAAGAGAUUGAUUAUGAAGUUAGCCAAGAAGCCGUGCAAAAACAGAAGGACGGAAAGUAA